UUUUUUUAAAGGCUUUAACUCUCUAUGCAUAAGCAAGUUGCAAGUUCUUUCACGGAGACACGCACGCACAUAACCAAAACAGCUGUUCUCUGCCGUCAGCGUCUUAUUUGUUUACGUUUUGCUUCCAAUUCCAUCGUGCCGCCUGCAAUUGUGUUUCCCUCGAUUUGUGUUGUUUUGUCGUGUGAAAAACUGAGAACAUGGCUUCGAAAGAGAUGAAAGCCGCGCUCAAGGAAGCGCGCGAAGCUGUAAAGAACAAGAAAUUUUCCGAUGCAAUCAAAUUGUGCAAUAAAGUGCUCAAAGAACAGGACGAUAAUUAUAUGGCACUGUUGCUGAUGGGUGCCGCCUACCAGGAUAGUGACAAAAAGGAGGCAGCGGCAUACUUGAAGCGAGCGGUAAAGUGCUCCACCGAUCCGACGUUAGCGCUGCAGGGUUUAGCUAGUUGUAUCGAUGACGCUGAGCUGCCAGACGUGUGCGAGCAACUGCUAGCGCUUGUGCCGGAAAAAUAUGCUGAACAACAUGCUAGGCUGUACGGUGUUGCCGCCCGUGGCACACUCGAGAAGGCGUUGCGUUUGCUGGAGAAGGAAGCAACGGAGGACGGUGUGGAGGAAGGCCGGAAGCUUUCCGCCUUUGAGUAUCUUAGCAAACUAGUUUCCCAGAUGCCGGAUCUCGAUAGCACGGAACCGCAGUUGGUCAGCACGGUACUGGAUCGCGAGAUUCAGAACAAAGACGAUGUGUAUCAGCGCGAUAAAUUUCAUCGCUAUCUGAAGCUACUUCACCGCGAGAAACGGUUCGACCGGUUAGCGACGGUUGCCGCUGCCAUGCACGAUCGCUUCCCGAACGACAUCUAUCCGCUCGAGUGGAUCUGCAAGCUGUACAGUGAGCGAAUCGUACCGGAGGAUAAACUAGCCGCCCUGCUUCCAGCACAGCUGGACCAUUACCUGCACCGGGCGGUAACCGUAGGACCAAACUCUCCCACAGCUCUUCUGGCAAGGGGCAAGUUUCUGUUCGAUGCUGGCCAGCUUGAUGAGGCGGAACGCAUACUGAAACGCGCUAACGAGGCCCAACCUUUGUGGAGCGCUUGUUUGGCGCCGCUUGCCGAAAUCUAUUUCCGCCGAAAGGCGUACGGUUUGGCGGAACAUUUGUACCGUAGCAUGAAGGUCACCAAUCGGAACUAUGCCAUCGCACUGAUGGCGGAUGAAAGCGAGGAAAAGCUACGGGAAGCGUCCGCUUGCUUUGCGACACUGUACGAGACCGAUCGUUCGGUGGAACUGAUGUUUUACUGGUGCAAGGCGAGCCUGUUGCUUGGAGAGCUAGACACAGCGGAUCGAAGGAUGGAGGAGCUUGAGCAGGCGGGAGUGGAAGCCGAUCGGUUGGAUUACUUACGUGCACUGCGCGAAAAGUUGUCCGGGAACGUGGAGAAAUCAAUUGAAAUUCUUUCCCGCCACGAAGGCAACAGCGACUGCCUGCUGGAACUUUCGAACGUGCUCGGUAGUGUGGAUGGCAAGCGGGAGGAAAGCUUUCUGGCCGCCCUGAAAGCGACCAAACUCGAUCCGACCAAUGCCGCCUGCUUCUAUCGGCUCGGCAAACUGUACCAGGAGCAGGGCGAUUCACUGCGCGCGCGCAAAUGCCUGGAGAAAAGCAACCACCUUAGUCCGGCGGCCCGUAAUGCGGUCAUCCGACUGAGUGGCCUGUACCGGAAGUACGGUGAAUGGGAUGCUAAUGCGGCCCUCCUGUCGACCACGUUUUCGUUGUGUGCGGGAGCGGCCUGGGCACAGCUGCUGCUCGGGCUGCAUCAUCUCGGUCGCCAGGAGUACGACGAAGCGAUCGGUGCGUUCCGGACGGUGCUGCGGUACGAGGUGGACAAUGCGACCGCCUGGGAAGGAUUGGCCGACGCGUACCUGGGCCGUGGUUCGUACUCUUCCGCGCUGAAGCUGUUCGAGAAGAUAACGGAGCGCAACCCGGACAAUCCGUACCCGUUGCUGCAGCUGGCCAACAUUAAAAACACUGUGAAACUGCACAGCGAAGGAUUGCAAUUGUUUGAACAGUUGCUCGCCCAGCACGAGGGCUAUUUCCCGGCGAUCAAGGGCAUUGCCGAUUCGCACAUGGGCCUCUGCUUUUAUCGCCUUGGCCAACGGCUUCUCGGGCGUAGCCGUGAUCAUGCCCAGCACUGCGUCGACUACCUAACGACAGCGAUCAAAAUGAAACCCCAUUUCGUUUGCCUAUGGCACCAGCUGGCCAAGAUUCUAGACACGGUGGCAUCGUUCCCUUCGACCCAUUCCCACAUAAAGAUCGAGGGCAGUUUGGCUGGCCGCGAGGAACGGGGCUGCGUGGUGCUCAAGCGAAGCCAGCUGUCCGAACUGGCCGGUCGGUGUUACGGUCGGAUCGUUAAGCGCCAUCCCGAUAACAGCGUGUACUGGUACGAGCUGGCCGCAAAUCACUAUCGCCGUGCGCUGGAGCUUCCCUCGUUCGUGGAGCACCCCGAAACCAACGCUCCGAACGAACGCUGCAAGCUGCUCAGCGUUGCGCGCGAUAUGGCCAAACAGUCGAUUAAGCUGGAUCCGGGCCGGUGGCAAAAUUGGAACCUGCUCGGUGUGAUCUGCGCCACGCGCGAGCUUAACAACCUGGCGCUCGCCCAGCACUGCUUUGUGGAAGCGGUGACGGUUGAUCGGAAAACGGCCGCCGCUGCUUGGUGUAACCUUGGCGUGCUGUACCUUUCGCACGGACCGCUCGGACUGGCAAACAAAGCGUUUGGCCGGGCGCAGCAGUGCGAUACGACGCUGAAGGAGGCGUGGAUCGGACAGGCAAUGAUUGCGGAGCGUGUGGGCCAGAUGGACGAGGCAAUGGAUCUGUUCCGGCACUGCACCCAGCUGGGCUACCAUCGCGAAACAGCGCUCGGGUACGCGCACUGGGUGUGCUUGAUUGUGAACGAGGACAAUUAUGCGGACAACGAGCGUUACCGGUUUGCUAUCGAUGCGAUGGCUGCAUUGCCCGCUGCGCACGAUGCUAUCGUUUGGCACUGUGCGGAUCUAGCCGAACGGGCCUCGACCGUUGCCCUGUGCUUUUUGGGCAAUCUAAGCAGCCGUCUCGGGCUGUGGCAUACGGCAUCGGAGGCGUACCGUCGGGCGGCGGACACUGCUAGGACGCCCGAUGUCAAGGACCGCAUCCUGUGCGAUCUGGGCCACUGCUUGAUGAAGCAACAAUGUUACGAGGAAGCUGUCCAGUGCUUCGAGAGUAUGGCUGGGGAGCCAUCGUAUCGGGCGUUGAUCGGACGGGCGCAGGCUUAUUUCCGGGCGGCACAGUACGAGCAAUCGUACGCGGAGUAUGAACAGUGCCUGCACCAUCUUGCCCAGACGGAUGAGCAGAAGGCGUACGUGUUGAUCGCAAUGUCCGCGAUGGUGUAUGCAUUCCACGGACAGGAUGCCGCCAAGACGGUUCUCUUUCAAUGCAUCGCACUGCCGCAGCCCCCAAUCGAGGCACUCUUUUCGGCCUGUGCACUUGGGCUGCUGCACAAGGAUGCAAUGCUAACGGAGCUUGCCAUCAAGGAGCUGCGAAAGCACGAGGACGAUCCGGUCCACGGUCAUCACGUAGUGUCGUUCGUGUCGGAAUUUUACUGGCAAACUCAACAAACGCGCAAAUGCUACACCUAUCUGCUUUCGCAAGUACAUCGCUUUCCACACCGACCCAAGCUGUGGCAGCUGGUUGCGCUAGCGCUGCUGAAACGUUUCCGCACGCCGGAAAACAAUUUGCGGCUGGCGUGCAGUGUGGCGCACGGGGCCGUGAUUUUGGAUUUGAGAGAUCAGAGGCAUAGAACGCGCGCGGAAGAUGUGGGACGAUGGUUGGCAGUGGCGAGUGACGCGAUCCGUCCGCUGGAUGGUAGAUUGUGUCGCGUGCUGGCGCAGAAGGCGAUACAUGCUGAUCCGACCAACCGUGAGGCGUGGGGUGCCUUUGUGCGGAUUGCCCGGCCAAUGCAGUGAUACACUCGCUGGAGGUCAGUGCAUGAUUGAUAAAGAAUAUAAAAGCUCGAACGGAAUGUUGAGAA